GUACUGUCAUCGGACCGGACGUUCCAUUUUGUACAUCAUGGCGUAGCGCAUGCACGUUCCAGGAGAAGUGUACCUCACACGAGACAACUAAGGGUGCAUCCUCACGUUGUUUCAGCCUUCCAACAGAAUGGCUACUCCAGGGUGAAACGUGGGUACAAACAGACUGACAAGUUACUACAAGCAAACAAACAAAGUUUUGCCUACAAAGCCAAACCAAGACUUCCCAAUGACCCGGAUUUCGGAAAACAGUGGUACUUGAUUGACUAUCUACACGAGGACCUCAAGUUUAAUUACCACGCGGACGCCAGCUACGAUUUCAGCAGCAACGACCCCUACCCAUACCCACGAUACACAGACACAUGGUUCAACAGCCACGGCACCCGAUGUGCGGGCGAGGUGUCGGCAGCAAAGGACAACGGUGUGUGCGGAGUGGGCGUGGCUUUUGGUUCCAAAGUGGCAGGUCUGAGAAUGCUCGACCAACCGUUCAUGACCGACCUGAUCGAGGCUAACGCAAUGGGCCACAUGCCCAAUGUCAUCGACAUCUACAGCGCCUCCUGGGGGCCCACGGACGACGGCAAGACAGUGGACGGGCCCCGGAACCUCACCAUGAGGGCGAUCGUCAACGGUGUCAAUAACGGUCGUAACGGACUUGGGAACGUCUACGUUUGGGCGUCAGGUGACGGAGGACCUAACGACGACUGCAACUGUGAUGGCUACGCCGCCAGCAUGUGGACUGUCAGCAUCAACUCGGCCACCAACGACGGACAGACCGCUGGCUACGACGAGUCCUGCUCCUCCACCCUCGCUUCUACCUUCAGCAACGGCAAAAGCAGCUCUCGGGACGCCGGUGUGGCCACCACAGACCUAUACAACAACUGCACCGCCAGUCACUCUGGGACUUCCGCCGCCGCCCCUGAGGCAGCCGGAGUGUUCGCCCUUGCUCUGGAGGCCAACAAAAACCUCACCUGGCGUGACAUGCAACACUUGACAGUACUCACCUCCAAGAGAAAUUCCCUGUAUGAUUCUAACGGAAUCCACCACUGGAAGCUGAACGGCGCUCACCUCCUGUUCAACCAUUUGUUUGGCUAUGGAGUUUUGGACGCUGCCAGCAUGGUGGAUCUGGCCAGACAGUGGAAGGGAUUGCCAGAAAGGUUCCACUGCAAGGCAGGCAGCAUCACUGACAAGAAAGACAAACAAGAAAAGCUAUACCUUGUCCGCCGUGCCCACGAGAGUGGCGUCAUCGAUGAGUGA